GAUUUAUAACGGAUACCGUGAUAUCGAUGAUACAAAUAUCACACUUCAGUGUCUUGUUUGGAACGGAUGGAAAAUAAACAAAAUACAUCACCGCAGUAUCAUCGCUUAGCUAAACAUUCGGCGAUCGAUGCUAAAAAAAUGAAAUUUUUACAAACCUCAAUCAGUACGCAUCUUCAUCUCAUCGAGGGAGCUGCUUGUUUGUGCCGCUAGUUGGAUCAGGAAGUGAAAACAUAAUGCUUCUAAACUGGUUUUGCCUUUUGGCGGUCGGUAAUUUCCAUUUUUCGAAUGUUUUUGCUGUGCCUGCCCAAAAGUUUUCACCCGGUAUUCCCAUAACACCGACGCAAAACCAAAAUCCUGGUGAAGUCAAUGGAGUCCUUGAAGCUGGUGGUCCUGGCCCUGUCAAAGUGUCGGCUCCAACAUACACACAACCGGCUGCUCCCUCAACGGUGGUGAUCCGUACCCGGCCAACGCCUACUUCUGUGAUAGUUCAGCCGUCUCAUCAGCAGCAGCAAUCACCCGUCUACCUGGAAUCAAAUAAGCCGUUUUAUUCUUCUCCUCAGUACGCUGGUCAACAGCCUACGGCCUAUGUGUACCCCGAUGGAACAUAUGCACCAGUACCACCACAACCAAUACAAACAGGUAACGCGUAUCUGGGUUCGGGUCCUCUGAGCGCUUUGCUUGGUGAUGCUACAAGAUGGGACAGUUCCCGUCCGUCGGCUUGGGGAAGUGCGAUUCGUCCCAGUAAUGCUGGGCAGGCUUUAGGAGCACUUGGAGCGCUGGGGACCGCUGGCCUCUUAGGAGCCGGGGCAUUAGGGGCAGGGGCAUUGUUACUUGGCUAGUCGAUAAUCUAUACCGUUUAAUUCCUGAAAGAAUAAGGUUCGCCAUCUGCCACGCAUUGAUGUCUCGCAAAAUUGGAGCGACCUGAGGUGCUUUGAAAACAAACUAAUCCAUACUUUAUUGUUAUGAUGCGUGCUCAAUUACAUAUAGUAUUACAAAAAUAAUUCUAAAUAGUAUAAUAUAAUCCAAGUAGCGCUUAAACUUAAGAAGUCAUAAUAGAAACAGUUUCCCUAUACAGGUAUGUUCCGUUUUUGUCACUAUCCGAUUUCGUCAACAUAUCAUUCCGUUUUUGUCAACACUCAAACUUUGAUCAAUUUUUAUCCUCGAAUACUAGUUAUUUCUAAUUUAACAUUAAUUCUGAGGUAAUGCAUCUAUAAAUGAAUUAGAAUAAACUACCCACGAUGGCAUAAAAUACGUAUGAGCCCCUGUAGCGUAUGCGUUUUUCGUUUCGCUCAGCUGUAAGUAGUGCAUAACUCAACCGUUCUUGCAGGCAUAAUUCUACUUCGUUUUAUCACCUUAGAAACACGUAACCAAUGCUUUUAUCCAUAUGUAAAACAAAUUGCUAACCAUGAUAAAUCAAUGUAGGGAUAUUCAAGCAAAGAAACCCAUCAAAGGUCGGACAAUCCGGGACUUCAAAAAAAAAUAUCAUCCUUGAUAAUCGAACCGUUUCUUUUAUUUCAUGGGUUUAUUGAGUUAGGACACUAACAUUGAUAUUGCUUCCGGGGAUUUCUCCAGGAAGUCCAUCUGAAUAUUCCUACAGGAGCUUCCUUCCGGAGAUUCUUACGGGGUAUUUAUGCGAGAUUCCAUCUUUCGAUUACUUCUAAAAUGCAAACUUGGAUUCCUCCAGUUACUCCUGCUAGGGAUUCCACCUUGUAUGUCAUCUGUGGAUUCCUCUUGAUUUCUUAAUGGAUUCCUUCUGGAAGUUUCUCUAGGAAAUAUUCCAGAGGUUCCUUUAGAGAGUUUAGUCUGUUAAGAAUUGGUUCCUUUAGGGAACAGAAGCUUAGUUUGAGAUACAAGAAUUCGAUUCAGGGAUU